GGAGGGGUUCGAAAUUUCAAACAAACAACGCCGACUCGUUGCUUCUACGCAGCAGCGCUGUUCUCUCGAUUCGCACUCUCUCAGGCUCCGACGCCGCCGCUCAAAAUUAAUCGCCAGCUCUCAGUCUCGACUCUCACUCUCUUAGGCUCUCACACUCACUCCGUCACUCUCUCAAUCUCUCAUUCAGUGACAGGGACAUUGAGGAAAUAAUGGAGAGACAAAGGGACAAAAACGGAGAUAGGAGUGACGAUGAAGAUCAUAAAUAUAGGAGAAGAGAUGGAGAUAAGUUUAGGAGUGAACGUGAUAGUCAGGAUAGAAGGAUCAACAAGAGUGAUGAGGAAGAUAUAAAUGGUAGGAGGGGCCGAGAUAGGAACAGGGAUCGGAGGAUUGAUGAUGAAGUUGUUAUUGAUAGGAGAGAUAGGAACAGGAAAAGGAGUGACGAUGAAGAUGCAAACGACAGGAGAAGAGAUCGGCAUGGGGAUAAAAGGAAUGCUGCUGGUUAUGCUGAUGAUAGGAGGAGAAAUAUGAACAGGGAUGAUACUAGGAGCAGAGAUAGAAACAGGGAUGGACGGAGUGAUGAUGAAAAUGCUAAUGAUAAAUGGAGGAAAGAUAGAAACAAGGAUAAAGAGAUUGAUGCUGAAGAUGAUAAUGCCAGGAGAAGAGGUAGGAGCAGGGAUUUAAGGGGUGAUGAAGAAGAUGGUAAUGAUAGGAGGAACAAGCAAAUGGAUGAAGACAGGAGGAAAAGAGGUAAGAACAAGGACAUAAGGAGUGAUGAAGAAGAUGGUAAUGAUAGGAGCAACAGGAAAAAGAGUGAAGACAGGAAAAGAAGUGAUGAACAUGAUCAGAGUGGUGAAGAAGUUGGUGAAAUUAGGAAAGCAGGGAAAAAGCACGAGGAAAGGAGUGAUGAGGAAGAUGGUGAAAUCAGGAAGAGAGGGAGGAAGGGAAAGCAUGAGGGCAGGAGUGAUAACGAAGAUGGUGAAAUCAGAAAGAGAGGGAGAAAGGGAAAACAUGAGGACAUGAGUGAUGAUGAAGAUGGUGAAAUCAGGAAGAGAGGGAGAAAGGGAAAGCAUGAGGGCAGGAGUGAUGAGGAAGAUGGUGAAAUCAGGAAGAGAGGGAGAAAGGGUAGGGAUAGAAGGAGUGAUGAUGAAGAUGAUAGUAAGGACAGGAGGAGAAGGGACAGGAAUAAGGAUGCAAAGGUGGAUGAAGGCCCACGGUUUCAAAAGCUGGCCGAAAUGCAAGAAAGCAUGACCAACUUAGGGAAGAGUGGAGGAGUUUACAUUCCUCCAUUUAAGUUGGCUCGUAUGAUGAAUGAAGUUCAAGAUAAAAGUAGCAUGGAAUAUCAAAGAAUGACAUGGGAUGCAUUAAGAAAGAGUAUAAAUGGGUUAGUCAACAAGGUCAAUGCAACAAAUAUCAAGAAUAUCAUCCCUGAGUUGUUUGCUGAAAAUUUGAUCAGGGGAAGAGGACUAUUUUGUCGAUCCUGUAUGAAGUCCCAAAUGGCUUCUCCUGGUUUUACAGACGUUUUUGCAGCGCUGGUUGCAGUUGUAAACACCAAAUUCCCUGAAGUGGGAGACCUUCUACUGAGGAGGAUUAUUUUGCAGCUUCAAAGGGCAUAUAAGCGAAAUGACAAGCCUCAAUUGCUUGCUGCGGUUAAGUUUAUAGCCCAUUUGGUCAACCAGCAGAUAGUUCAUGAGCUUAUUGCUCUUGAACUACUCACAACUCUGUUAGAAAAUCCAACUGAUGAUAGUGUGGAGGUUGCUGUUGGUUUUGUUACUGAAUGUGGAUCCAUACUUCAGGAUCUAAGUCCCCGAGGUUUGCAUGGUAUUUUUGAGCGCUUUCGUGGAAUUCUUCAUGAGGGAGAGAUAGACAAAAGGGUGCAGUUCUUGAUUGAAGGUCUCUUUGCACUCAGAAAGGCCAAGUUUCAGGGGCAUCCAGCUGUUCGUCCAGAGUUGGACCUUGUUGAGCUGGAAGAUCAGUUAACACAUGAAGUAUCGCUUCUGGAUAAGAUCGAUCCAGAGAUUUCCUUAGAUAUUUUCAAGUUGGAUCCUAGUUUCAUCGAGAACGAAAAGCGCUAUGAAGACUUGAAGAAAACCAUUCUUGGUGAUGAAUCUGAAGAAGAAGAAGAGGGUGGUGAGGAUUCAGAUGACGAGGAAGAUGAAUCUUCGGAAGAAGAGGAUGAGGAGCAGAUGAGAAUUAGGGAUGAGACAGAGACAAAUCUUGUCAAUCUCCGGAGAACCAUAUACUUGACAAUUAUGUCUAGUGUUGAUUUUGAGGAAGCUGGUCAUAAACUUCUGAAAAUCAAACUGGAGCCAGGACAGGAGAUGGAACUGUGUAUAAUGUUAUUAGAGUGCUGCAGUCAGGAAAGAACUUACCUUCGUUACUAUGGCCUUUUGGGACAGCGGUUUUGUAUGAUCAACAAAGUCUACCAAGAAAAUUUUGAGAAAUGUUUUGUGCAGCAAUACUCUAUGAUCCAUAGACUCGAGACGAAUAAGCUGCGUAACGUGGCCAAGUUUUUUGCACAUUUACUUGGGACUGAUGCUUUGCCUUGGCAUGUUUUGGCUUAUAUUCGGCUGACUGAGGAGGACACAACUUCCUCUUCCCGAAUUUUCAUCAAGAUUCUUUUCCAGGAGCUGUCUGAACAUCUCGGCAUUGGUCUCUUGAAUGAGCGUCUCAGUGAGCCCACGAUGCAGGCGGAUUUUGAAUCCAUCUUCCCACGAGACAACCCCAAGAAUACCCGGUUUUCAAUCAACUUUUUCACAUCCAUUGGGCUCGGUGGGAUCACAGAGAACUUGAGAGAGUAUCUGAAGAACAUGCCGCGUCUCAUCAUGCAACAAAAGCCAGCUUCUGAGUCAGACGAUUCAGAUUCUUCUAGUUCAGGAUCUGGAUCGUCAAGCUCAGAUGAAAGCAGCGAUAGCGAUAGUGAUAGCGAGAGUGAUCACAAGCGUAGCAAGCGCCGGAAGAGACGUUGAGACCUGAUUACAUCACUGCGAGCUGUUUUGUUCAUCUGCCUUUUCUUAUGUUGUGAGUUGGAGAUCGUUUCCUAAUCUAGUUUUGAACAUUUUUAGAUGAAGAGAAGAAAGAUAAUACUGGGCAAGACCAUGAUUUGUAUCUAUGAAGCCACUGUGAGUGUAAUCUGUAAUAGAUUUGUGAUUUUGUUUAAUAGAUAGCAGAGAUUGCUGUA